AUGAAUUUCACUCAAAAAGGCAUAAUGCUUUUACACAUGUAUGCCCGGCUGUCCACUGUGGCGGCCUUUACUCCCCUUAGGCAUGGGGCCUGCCUAUCUUAUCUUAUGCAAUUCCUUCCACUACCAACACUUCAAGGUGGUUGGUGGGGCAGCGACCAUCUAUUGGAUGCGGUUCUGAAAAAUGCAUCCAUGAAGGACAGAACCAUUCUGGUAACUACAUUAAACGAUGCUUGGGCUGAACCCAAUUCCAUAUUUGAUCUGUUUCUGGAGAGCUUUCACAUCGGAAGCAACACAAAAUGGCUGCUCAACCAUCUGGUUGUGAUCUGCUUGGACCAGAAAGCAUAUGCUCGUUGCUUAGCCUUACACCCUCACUGUUACGAGCUCUACACUGAAGGUGCCAACUUCACCAGCGAGGCAUCUUUUAUGUCUUCCGACUACUUGCAAAUGAUGUGGAGACGGAUCAAAUUUAUGUCCAAAAUUCUCGACAAAGGCUACAACUUUGUCUUUACGGACACUGAUAUCAUGUGGCUCCGGAAUCCCUUCCCACAAUUCUAUCCGGAUGCGGAUUUUCAAAUCGCAUGUGAUUUCUUCCUGGGUGAUUCUUACAGCAUAAAUAAUUUGCCCAACGGAGGAUUUACCUAUGUCAAGUCCAAUGAGCGCACAAUUUGGUUCUAUAAGUUUUGGUACUUCUCCAGAAAGGCGUAUCCAAAGAUGCAUGACCAGGACGUACUAAACAAGAUCAAAUCCGAUCGCUCGAUUUCCCAAAUUGGAUUGAAAAUGAGGUUCUUGGAUACCCAAUACUUCGGUGGCUUCUGUCAGCCCAGUAAGGAUUUUAACAAAGUUUGUACGAUGCAUGCGAAUUGCUGUGUUGGUCUCGAUAACAAAGUCAAUGAUCUUAGAAUUUUGCUUCGAGUUUGGAGAAAGUUCAUGGCAUUGUCUCCCAACGCCACCACCACGGCACAGACUUCAUGGACCGUUCCACAAAAUUGCAGGUAUUCCUAA